GCGGCGCGAGGAGAGCUCGGGCGAGCGGGGGAGCGCAGGCCCCGAGAGCCCGGCGCAGCCCUGUGCAGCCUGAGUCCGCGCUGCCAGCAGUCCUCGCGGAACCCGAGCCGGCCGCCGUUCGCGGGGAUCCCGGGCGUCCUUCUGCGGCUGCCGCGUGAAGACGGCGCCGUAGCCGCCUGCCCAGCCCGGAGAGCGUUCGGGGCCGCUGGGGGCCGCGCUAGCCAUUCCCCGGACCGCCCGGACAGCGGGGCACUCAGGGCGCGCCCGCCGAGCGCCCCAGGAGGUGAGCCGCGGCCGCCCGCAGCGCGCUGGUGCUCAGCCGGGACGUGCUGGGGCAGGGGCGUCCGAGUCCGAGGGGGACAGCACGACCCCGUAGGGCACAGACUCGCGGGCGGCGUGCGCUCAGGACGAGCGGCGGUGGCAGUGCGCGCUGCGGGACUUCGGUGCAACUCCUCAAGGGUGCGACCCCCGAGCGCGCGUGCCGCGCCACCAUGAGGGCGCGGCCGCGGGUCUGCGAGGCGCUCCUCUUCGCCCUGGCGCUCCAGACCGGCCUAUGCUACGGCAUCAAGUGGCUGGCACUGUCCAAGACCCCGGCGGCCCUGGCGUUGAACCAGACGCAGCACUGCAAGCAGCUGGAGGGGCUGGUGUCUGCACAGGUGCAGCUCUGCCGCAGCAACCUGGAGCUCAUGCACACCGUCGUGCACGCCGCCCGUGAGGUCAUGAAGGCCUGCCGCAGGGCAUUCGCCGACAUGCGCUGGAACUGCUCCUCCAUCGAGCUUGCCCCCAACUACCUGCUUGACCUGGAGAGAGGGACGCGGGAGUCAGCCUUCGUGUAUGCGCUGUCCGCGGCCGCCAUCAGCCACGCCAUCGCCCGGGCCUGCACCUCCGGCGACCUGCCCGGCUGCUCCUGCGGCCCCGUCCCAGGUGAGCCACCCGGGCCCGGGAACCGCUGGGGAGGAUGUGCGGACAACCUCAGCUACGGGCUCCUCAUGGGGGCCAAGUUUUCCGAUGCUCCUAUGAAGGUGAAAAAAACAGGAUCCCAAGCCAAUAAACUGAUGCGUCUACACAACAGUGAAGUGGGGAGACAGGCUCUGCGCGCCUCUCUGGAAAUGAAGUGUAAGUGCCACGGGGUGUCUGGCUCCUGCUCUAUCCGCACCUGCUGGAAGGGGCUGCAGGAGCUCCGGGAUGUGGCCGCUGACCUCAAGACCCGCUACCUGUCGGCCACGAAGGUCGUGCACCGACCCAUGGGCACCCGCAAGCACCUGGUGCCCAAGGACCUGGAUAUCAGGCCUGUGAAGGACUCGGAGCUUGUCUAUCUGCAGAGCUCACCCGACUUCUGCAUGAAGAACGAGAAGGUGGGCUCCCAUGGAACGCAAGACAGGCAGUGCAACAAGACAUCUCACGGCAGUGACAGCUGUGACCUCAUGUGCUGCGGCCGCGGCUACAACCCUUACACGGACCGCGUCGUCGAGCGCUGCCACUGCAAGUACCACUGGUGCUGCUACGUCACAUGCCGUCGCUGCGAGCGCACGGUGGAGCGCUAUGUCUGCAAGUGAAGCCCCACCUGCACCCCAGGGACCCGCGGAGCCCACCCCCAUCCCCCACCCCGCUCACCAGGCGUCUUGGACACACCCUGCGGAGGGCCGUUUGGGGAUCCGGGAUGCCAGGCAUGGGAGGUGGCUUGGGCUUUGCCUCCACUUGGACAGUGCCGGGGACAGAAGGCCUGGCCACCCUGGAAGGAGGGCCAGCACAUCAAAGGAAACCGACUAGAUUAAAAAUAACCGGCAGCCGGAGCCGGGGAGCGCCUGCACGCCGCCUUCCAGGCCACUUCGAGAAGCCAGGGCCAUGGGCUUGGCAGGACUGGGAAGGACUUGACCUUUCACAGCAAGAGACACCAAGCUCCUGGGAAGGGGGUGGUGGGGUGGGGUGUGCCUGUCCUCCUCAGAAUGUUCUGCAGACCCUGCCCUUGAGAACCCCCACUGGCUGCCCUCAGGGUCUGAGCCUGCUGGGCCCACCACACGGAACCACUAGCUUGGGUUGUCAAUGUUUUGUUUUGUUUUGUUUUGUUUCUUCCUCUGGGAUGUGGGAGCUACAGAAAUAUUUAUAAAAACAUAGCUUUUUCUUUGGGGUGGCUCGCCUCAAUUCCUCUUUAUAUAUUUUAUAUAUAUAAAUAAAUAUAUAUAAU